GAGCCCGGUCGGGCGGCGGGCUGUAAUCCGGUUAGGGGGGGAUUAGCGUCGUGUUUAAAGGAGCGGCGGCGGGGAAGGGGUGCCAGGGGCGCCGGGGAGGAAGCGGCCGCCGCCGCCGCCGAGCAGCGGGGCAGCCCGGACGGGACGGCACCUGUAGACGAUGCCAGCCAUCAACAUCGAGGACCUGAGCGAGAAGGACAAACUGAAAAUGGAAGUGGAGCAGCUCCGGAAAGAAGUGAAGCUGGAGAGGCAGCCGGUGUCCAAGUGCUCCGAGGAGAUCAAGAACUACAUCGAGGAGCGGUCGGGCGAGGACCCGCUGGUGAAGGGGGUUCCCGAGGACAAGAACCCCUUCAAGGAGAAGGGAGGCUGUGUCAUCGCUUAGGAGGAGGAGCCCGGCGCCUGCCACCGGAGCAGACACUCGUGUUGUACCCGUAGGGAGUCACUAGCGUGUCCCCACCGCCGCCGGUCCUUGUUGAACGAGCACAGGAGCGGAUUUUUUUUUUUUUUUCUUACAAUAAAGAAACCAACCCGAGAGCAGCCGAGACCCGCGUGGGUCGCUCGGCAGGGACGGCUGUCCCCCGCUCCCCGCCGCGGCCGUCCUUCCUCCCGCGGCCGGGACGGCUCCUCUCGCUUCGCGGCGCCCGCUUUCGCCACCCGUUUAUCAACCGGUUGCUUCAUCGCUGUUCGUUGGCAUUAAAGAAAACCUGCGUGUAA